UGAGAAUAAAACAGCUGAGAUAAAAGGCGCAAAAUUGUGGUGUAUAUAGUUUAUCUGUCUAUCUAUCUAAUAUAAAUUUAAUGCAUUAAAGUUAACUGCAAAAGAAUGCAGUGUUUGCAGAAGUAUUGUGGCUCGCCGAACAAAUUGGUAGAGCGCGGAUUAGAUUUGCAUUUGCGUGCUAAACGCGCUAAGAAUUGUUUGCGUUGGGGCUCUUUCAAUGUGGUACUACUCGCAAUACUACUAUUCGAUAUAUCAAAUCAGUGCCCGUAUACGCACUCUAAAUGGUAUUAUGCGGAGUAUUUGGCGGCCGUGCUGGCGGGACUCGGUGCCUUCUCAUGCUUCCUGAAGUAUUUCCUCUACUUAUUUCAUACAAAUCCCAUAUUGGGCACAAAGGAACAGAAAAACUUACUUAAAUUUGAAGACUGCGAUUCCUCUUUUGUUGUUACACCACCACCGCAAAGAAAGAAACGAAUGUGCGACGAUUUAGCACCUAAUCAAAUCAACAGUACUUUGUUAAGCUGGCAUUCGUCUUUUAAUGAUUCACGAGCUGGCAUGUCUCACCUUUGGAAUUAUAGUCGUGGAACUCCGUCACGUAAUAGCUUUAGCCCGCAACAGCAGCAGCAACCAUUUAAUGUUUCCUGGAAUUCUUCAACGGGCAACAGAUCAAUUAAUCUAGCAUCAAACACUAGUGCUUGGAAUAAUUCCAAUUCUAUCGUGGAGCCUUAUAACAAAUACAGACGUGAGGAAUUAAUAACUGAUGAAGAGGGUCUCAAACAAUAUUUAAAAGAAUUUUCUAUCCACGAACAAAGCAUGAAUGACACAGCCGAUGUUAGUCAUCACUAUAAUCCCAGUUCAGUAAAUUCAUUCUGGAACUACUGCAACACAGCAGCUAAUAUGCUUAAAACCUCCAUAUAUCAACUAGCUCCAAUGAUAACACCUUCCACACCAAGUAAACAAUUGGCAAGUGAGGACGGGGGGCUUAAAUUUUUAGACAGCAAUUCGGAAAUCAUUAGACUCAUUUCUUCUGAGAAACUGUCACAAUAUGUGGUGAACUUGAGAAGGUGGAUUUCGGCAACUAUCCUGGAGCGUUUGGCCAGAGAAAUUAAAAAUGUUGAUGAGUCAUUUAAAAAUCGGGGAUUCGCCGAUAUGCGUAUGGGAGGCAUUGGUUUGGAGCGUCUUAAGAAAACUGUCGAGAAUCAAAAAUUUGUGAAUCAGUAUAUGCCAAUGUUGCCUUUGAUAUUGCCAUUUCUGGAAAUGUCGAGUAAUCAAGAGUAUUUGGUGCAACGUAUAAAAGAUUUGGCUGAGGGUUCUUGCAUUGCUGACUACCACUGGAACUCGGGUGCAGCUUAUCAUGGCUUGAAAUGGGAUGAACAUCUACCCACUGACUCAGCUAUAUUGUUCCAUCUAUUUUGCGUUUACAUGGACAGUCAACUGAUGCCUUUGCCACAAGGUGGCGGGCGUCCCUUCUUCAGUCGUUAUGUAAUUAUAGGCAAAGAAAAACGUUCUGCCAAGGAAACGGUUGCGCUUGUGAAGAAUAAAGCACACUGCGCUAUACUCUGUACCAAUCCGCAAAAGCCACGUUUCAAUUUCAUAAGCGACAACGAAAUUCAUACAUGCGUCUGCGAUCGUAAUAAUCUCUUUUAUGUAAUCAUACAAUUUUUAAUCUAUAUGAAAACACACCAGGAAGGUGCAUUGGAGGGUGUCAAUCUUGGUAAAAGCGGCAUUAAUAUUUUAUGUGUCAUCGAAGGCUAAAUUUCGGAGUCAGCCAUAUGAUUUCCUCGCAAAAUGAACUCAUAUUUCUAAGAAGCUAGCAUUAUGAUAAUCUAUUUUUUUACAUAUAAGCCACUAAUUAAGACCUUGACAUGUGGAUUUACUAAAAAUCUCACUAUUCAACAGGAACAUAUUUGAUAUGAAGUUGAGAAUCGUUACUUUUUUACGCUUUUAGUGUUAAGCCAAUUUAUGUUGAUUGAGUGCGUCUUAAAGUAGCCACGCAACAUCUGUUAUAAUAUAAGUUAAGUGCUUCUCCUAUUAAAAGCAUAUUAAUAAGAAUUUACUUUCAUAUGACUAAGAAUAUUUAUUAAAUGUUUUUGUUUAGGUACUCAGUUUACUCAGAGAAAACAUUUUGUAACCCAUACAUACAUACUUAUACUACAUAUAGUACCAAACAUACAAACAUCACGCAGAAAUAGCAAUAAUUUUGCAAGUAGUUUUCGCGUAAACUUUUAAUUAAAGAGAUUCACUGAUUUAUAUCGCAAA